CUAAUAGCCCAAAGGGCACGUUUACGCAACGUAACAUGACCGGGUUUUCUAAUCAAACACGGAGAGCGCGUCGCAAACAAGCACAUUUCGGCCAAAUUAGAGGGAAUUUCGUGGUUUAUUAUUAGAAUUUAGCUGAAUACCGCUGUUCCUACCGCCCUUGCCGCUCGCAACGGGUUACCCACAGACUCUUUCUUACAGUUCGGUCGAGGGACUGGGUACGAAUAUCUCUAAGCUUUGCAAAAUGGAGGAUUCAGUCGAAUGAUGUCGAAAAGGAGAGACGUUUUAAAUCUUUACAAGCGAAUCCUCACGCUUUCAAGGACAUGGCAACCAUAAUUAUCAAGUUCUUCUGCCCAAGUUGUACAAGAAAGGAAGUACAUAAAGGACGAAGCGAGGAACCUUUUCAAGAAAAAUAAGAAUAUCAGUGAUGUGAGUGAAAUCGAUCAGUGCAUCAAGGAGGCAGAGAGUCGGAUAGAGAUGGCACUGCACUAUGGCACUGCCUAUCCAAGAAUGAUCAAUGUACCACCUGCUGCUAUUGCUAAAUCAGGAACACAUCAGCGGAAAGUGCAGGAUCACAUCCGCCAGCAAGCCAAGCCUACAUACCUGCACUCUUAUGAAGAAAUUGAAAAAUGAAUGACGGGUUGAUAUUUCAAACGUUGGAGAAGAACUGGAAUAAAGAAAAAGAUCUUUGAACAUUGGAAAUACAGGGAAUACAUUUUCUAGGGGAAAGGAACUGUGAAGUAUGGACAAGGAAGGAACAACUGGCUGGGGAAGGGCCAGGUAGGGGUUAGUGUUCUGCCUGAAAUUAGUCCUUGAACAUGGUUUAUAAUGUACACUUGACAUUGUACAACAGAUGUCAUUAAAAAAAUAAAAAAAUCCAAUGUCAAUUCAAGGGGAAUCACUGGUACUCUUGAAAAGCGUUCGUAUAGAGAGAGGGGGCUAAUUUGAAAUUGUUGGCUUUAGAGGCAAGAGGUUGGGGGGCUGAUAGAGAGUGGGGGCUCAAAACAGAUGGGGCGCAUUAAAAAGCUAUCUCUUUUAUUUAGAGGAGGGUCCACCUAUCCGCCUAGGAAAGGGGGUGGGGGUGAGGGGUAGUUGGGUGGGAAAUGUCCAAUAUGUGGACAAGAAAGAAAGUACUUGCAUUAUUACUAGUUGGGCCUUGCAGGCUAAUGUGUUAUUCUAGAGCCUAGUGGAAACAGCAUCAUUAUCAGUCCAAUAUCCAAGAUUCAAAGGAGGUGCUGGCCAACCACCUCUUUGUGCUAUGAAACAUCAUUAACAUUGUUACUAAGUGCUAUAAAACAUUAAAUCAAGAUUAAAAUGUUUUGAUUUAUUCAAUAAUU